UCUUUGGAGGUGACCAAGGAAGUGAACUGUGUGACGGAUUUUCUAUCGGAAUGUGAGACGCAGGUUCAGGAGCUGAAGAAACAGCAGGAGAAAGGUCUUCUCUAUGGGGUCCCCAUCUCCCUGAAGGACAACGCUGGAUAUAAGGGGCACACCUCGCACUGUGGUCUGGUCCAUUAUCUGGGGGCGGAGGAGGCGGAGGACUGUGUGGUGGUCCAGGUGCUGAAGAGACAAGGAGCUGUCCCCUUCGUGAAGACCAACAUCCCCCAAUCCAUGAUCAACUUUGACUGCAGUAACUCCAUUUUCGGUCAGACCCUGAACCCCCACAACCAUAAGAAGACAUGUGGGGGCUCCAGCGGGGGGGAGGGCGCUCUGAUCGCAGCGGGGGGCGCUAUUCUGGGUGUGGGCACUGAUGUCCUGGGAAGUAUCCGGAUGCCGAGCAGCUUCUGUGGGAUCUGUGGACUGAAGCCUUCUGGGGAACGCCUGAGUGAUCUUGGAUUUCUUACUCCGGUCAGUGGGAUGAAGUCAGCGGUGUCGAUGCCAGGCCCGAUGGCGCGGGAUGUGGACAGCUUGGCCUUGUUUAUGAAAGCCGUUUUAUGUGAUGACCUCUUCCAGCUCGACCCCUCGGUGCCUCCAGUCCCAUUCAAUGAUGAG